GCACGGCACACCUCUGCACCACCUCUGCGCCGCCUCAUCCUCCCUGCCUCCGCCGGCGAUGGUUCCCGGCGCCGCCCAUCCCGCGCUGCUUGCGCUCCUGGCUCUGCUCGGGGCCGUGCUCCCAGGGCCUGGAGGUGCCAAAACAUCAGUGCAGCCUCUAAAUGCCAUUAUACUCCAAGGCGGCUCCGUAAAGGUGAACUGCAGUACCUCCUGUGACCAACCCACAAAGCUCGGUAUAGAGACUGAUUUGACCAAGAAGGAAGUGGGCCAUGGGAAGAACUGGAAGAGUUUUGAACUGAGUGACGUGCAAAAAGACAGCAUUCCAAUGUGCUACUCAUUCUGUGACGGCAGCCAAUUGGCAGCUCAGAUGAACAUCACCGUAUACUCGUUCCCAGAACUCGUGGAGCUGGAUCCCCUGCCCAGCUGGCAGCCUGUGGGUAAACACCUCAACCUGAGCUGCGUGGUGUCCAGCGGGGGCCCCCGGGACGACCUCACCGUGGUGCUGCUCCAAGGGGAGGAGGAGCUGGCCCGCAAGCCAGCGGGAAAGGAGGAGCCUGCCAAGGUCACGUUCCCGGUGCUGGCGAGGAGAGACAACCAUGGCGCCAAUUUCUCUUGCCGCACGGAGCUGGACCUGCGGUCCCAAGGGCUGGGACUGUUCCAGAAUAGCUCGGCCCCCAGGAUGCUCCAAACCUUUGUCCUGCCAACAGCCGACCCGCAUCUUGAUGCCCCCCGGGUCCUGGAAGUGGGCACACGGUGGCUGGUGAACUGCACCUUGGAUGGACUGUUCCCAGCCUCGGAGGCCGAGGUCUACCUGGCGCUGGGGGACCACAGGCCGAACCUCACAGUCACGUACAGUGAUGACUCGGUCUUGGCCCAGGCCUGGGUCAUGGGAAACGUGGAGGACGAGGGCACCCACAACUUGAAGUGUGAGGUGAAUCUGGGAGACCAGAGUCGGCGGUCUCUCGAGGAUGUGACGGUCUAUAGCUUCCCGGCUCCCAGCUUGACCCUGAGCGAGCCUGAGGUCUCGGAAGGGACUACAGUGAACGUGGAGUGCAAGGCCCAGGCUGGAGCUGUGGUGACGCUGGACGGGGCCCCAGCUGGGCCUUCUGGCCCGAGGGCCCAAUUGCAGCUGAACGUCAGCGCCGAGUACAACGGGCACAGCUUCUUCUGCUCUGCUAGGCUGGAUGUGGCCGGGCAGGUGCUACACAAAAACCAGACCCGGGAGCUCCGCGUCCUGUAUGGCCCCCGACUAAACGAGAGGGAUUGCCUGGGAAACUGGACAUGGCAGGAAGGCUCCCAGCAGACCCUGAGGUGCGAGCCCUGGGGGAACCCACUCCCCGAGCUGAAAUGUAACCGGAAGAAGGAUAGGGCUUCGCUGCCCAUCGGGGACCUGAGGCCUGUCAAGCGGGAGAUGGAGGGCACCUACCAGUGUCGGGCCACCAGCCCUCGCGGUGAGGUCACCCGUGAAGUGGUCAUCAACGUGAUCUACCACCAGGAUAACCUGGCCAUCAUCAUUCCAGUGGCAACUGUGUUCAUCUUGGCCACCGUGAGCACGGCUGCUUACAUCUAUAACUACCAGCGGAAGAUCCAGAAAUAUGAGCUACAGAAGGCCCAGAAGGCCCAGGAAGAGGCUGCCAUGAAACUGAACACACCAGCCACGCCUCCCUGAGCUUGCCCUCUCAGGACAGGACCUCCUCAGCCCCCCCCAACCGGGGGCUGUAUCAGAGAAUGGUGGACAUAUGCCAUUCAGCUCUACCCACCUUCCCAGGAUGCCAGAGGACAGGAGAGAGGCCUCAGUCAGCAUACAGACAGCAUCUGGGGUUACGGCCCCUACACAGUUAGGACCCCCAGGCCUCACACCUGACCUGGAGCCACAGGACUGAGACAAGAGAAAGGGCCAAGACUCAGGGCCUUGACUGUGAGGGAUAUCAAAGUCGGACCUGGCCAGAGGGUGUGUGAUAGAGACCCUUCCCUCCAACAUGGGGACACUCAACUGGCAAACAUUGAACCUCAGCCCCUACUGCGUGUGCUGAGGCCCUACAGUCCUAAGAGAGAAGUGACCUUGCACAGACACAUGCAGCAUUGAAACACAAAUCCCCCUAAGUCCUCUGACAGAAGCCAGCUCUGGCAUUGCUGUCCACAGACUGUUCCCAGCUCUUGAUGAUGACAUAUUUAUUCAUUUGUUCUUCUAUUAGCUAUUUAUUGAGUACCUUUCAUGUGGGCUAGAAUGCUAAACAAGAACAUUGAUUCUCACCCUCAGGGAGCUCUCAGUCUAAUCUCAUUCAGGGUCACUAGGUACAGUGGUACCGGCUGUGCACUGCACAAGAGUGCCUGGCAAAAAGAUUAAGUGAGUCUAGAACUUCCCACUCCAUUGGCCAAGCUGCUUUCUCCCACAAAGGGAUUAGUAAUGGUGACAAGGUGUAGCUAGUGACAUGCCCGGAGAUGACCCACUGAGCCCUUACACCCCAGCACCUCUGACCUCUGCUAAGCCACCUCUCCACCCAUACCCAUCUCUGCUAGUGCUCACAAUGACACUUGGUGGCAUGCCUAAACGUGGGUGCUCACUCCUUGAUAGCUAAACCAUGGAGUCCCAUGAAACUAUGCCCAAUCCCUGUGUGCCCCUGCCUUGUCCUACCUGUUUCCAUCUCAGUGGGACCAUGCAAGAACAGAACAGUCUGCAGCUCCAAAUUCCUGCAGCGAUGAGGGUCCUGCAGGCAGUGGGGAGGAGAGGCCUGGAAGACCCCCUUCCCAGCUGUGGAAGCCUCUCCCUUGCGGCAAUAAAGCUGUUUCAUCCUCCCAGCCUUGUGUGAGUUGAGGGGAGGGGUCAUGUCCAGCUGGAGCCUUUUCUAGCCUGU